AUGUGGACAACGCGCACGUGGAAGGCUCAAGCAAAAGCCAAACAGUGCCAGAAGAAUGGCCCGGACGCAGAUACUAUUCAGCCAACUAACCGUCAUAUCUCCUUUGCAGACAACAACAAGGCUCUAUACAUUCCUUCUCCACGGGAGCGUGAUAGAGGCCAGCCUAUAGUAGAGGUAGACGAAAGAGCAAGUAAGGAUGAGAUAUCGGAAUAUGCCGAAAACGACGACGCCAGGUCCGAGAUUCGCCGCCGGCUAAGGGAUACUUCUAACCCGCUCGAACGUGUUGCCUCCUCCCUGUUUGUGCUCGGUUCACAGCCUAGCAAGACUCAAGGCUCUCAGCUUCGCGAAGCUGUCUCCCUAUCCAAGAGUUCGAAUUUUCCGAGUAUUUCAGCUGAAGCCACCCUUGGCAGAAACUCAAAAUUCUAUAACCUAACUGCUGAAGACCGGGAAAGGUUGGGAGGCAUAGAGUAUCGGGGUCUAAAGAUAUUACUCAAGACCGUGCUAGGGUACUUUUUCGGCCUUCAUAUAAUUGGUGCAAUAUGUCUAGUAGGUUGGAUACAGUAUGCUGCUCCAAAGUACCGGGACUACCUAAAGGAAUGUGGGCAGAACCAUAUCUGGUGGGGGUUUUAUGCGGCGCAAACGAUGUCAAACAAUCUGGGGUUCACGCUCACCCCAGACUCCAUGGUCAGCUUCCAAGAUGCAACUUUUCCCAUGCUGAUUAUGAGUUUCUUAGCAUAUGCUGGGAAUAAUCUUUAUCCUGUUUUUCUGCGUCUCAUUAUUUGGACUACGUACAAAUGUACUCCAAAGAACUCGUCACUCAGAGAGCCCCUGGAUUACCUCUUAAAGUAUCCUCGCCGGUGUUAUACGCUGCUCUUCCGUAGCAAACCAACUUGGGUUCUCUUUGGAAUUAUCUUCGUCUUGAACUUCGUCGAUGUUCUCUUGAUCGUUGUGUUGGAUCUACACAACCCCGCUGUCAACACCCUCCCCGGUGGACCGCGGGUGCUGGCCGCCAUCUUCCAAGCAGCAUCAGCAAGGCAUACGGGGACGGCGAGUUUCAACCUUGCCGAUGUGAACCCCGCCGUCCAAUUCAGCCUACUAGUCAUGAUGUACAUCUCUGUAUUCCCUAUUGCUAUUAGUAUGCGUGCGUCCAAUACCUACGAAGAACGUUCACUUGGAAUGUUUUCCAGCGAUGGCGACGUUGACGAGAGUAACACCACGACUUACGUCCUGUCCCAUGUGCGAAACCAACUCAGCUUCGAUUUGUGGUACAUCUUUCUUGGGAUAUUCUGUAUCUGUGUUGCCGAAUCGAAUAGGAUCAUGGAUCCUUCUGAACCGGGACUCACUGUCUUUGCGAUCUUCUUCGAGGUUAUUUCAGCAUACGCAAAUGUCGGCCUUAGCUUAGGAUAUCCGGGUGUCAAUACUUCUUUGAGCGGACAGCUGUCGACUUUCAGUAAAGUCGUUGUCUGCCUUAUGAUGAUUCGAGGAAAGAACCGCGGGCUACCCUAUCAGUUAGACCGGGCUAUUCGACUUCCCAGCGAAGGCUUGGUUGAUGACCAAGUGGAUUCUGGGUCAGACAAUCUGUAUACGGACGGAAAGUUGGACCCGAUGGAUGUCGGAGAUCUGAAAGUGAAACGGUAUCACACCAAAUAG